AUGACCUCGAACAACACAUACGACCGCUCGCGUGACCCGCGCCUAAUGCACCAGCCUAGCAACGUCGAUAUGAAAGACAUCCCACCCACAGACACUUCCAGGGAAGAGGCAGCUAUGGCGUCGUCUCCAUCGUCUCUAUCUAACAUCGAGCCUGCUGCUUCUGGAAUGAUGCCGGAAGAUCCCGCGGCCCAGCUGUUGGCGCACAUUGCGCAGCUCCAGACAGAUAAGGUCGAAUUGCACAAGGCCACAGUGAUGGCCAAGGAGACCAGUAAUGCAUACCAAUACUUCUACGAUACCAACCUCGCACUCGCCAACUACCAAUUGUUAUACGCCAAGGGCAUUCAAGAGAAGAACGAGCUCGUGAAAGAGAACACAAACAAGGAAAAGGCACAGCUAGCCUUGUAUGAGCAGAUCGCCGGACGCGCACCAGGUCAGCGACAUGACCAACAAAGCCGAUGA